AUUGUUCCCCGCCCCCGCCUCGGCCACCGCCGUCGCCGCCGCCGCCGCCACCGGGCUAUAAAAAGCGGCCUAGCCCAGAAAGGUGCGGAGGCUUAUAAUACAUCAGCGCCCAGAGCCCGCUUCUCCGCGGCGGCUUUUGGGGAGUGAGCUCGGCGAUUAGCUGCUGCAGCACAGUAAGACCCCACGGGAACUGCGACUAUCCCUCUGGGCCAUGGACUCGGACGCCAGCCUGGUGUCCAGCCGCCCGUCGUCGCCGGAGCCCGAUGACCUUUUCCUCCCGACCCGGAGCAAAGGCAGCGGCGGCGGGGGCGGCGGCAGCGCCUUCACGGGGGGCACCGUGUCGUCGUCGACGCCCAGCGACUGCCCGCCCGAGCUGAGCGCCGAGCUGCGCGGCGCCAUGGGCGCUGCGGGCGCGCACCUGGGGGACAAGUUGGGCGGCGGCGGCGGCGGCUUCAAGUCCUCCUCGUCCUCGUCCUCGUCCUCCUCGUCCUCGUCCACCAAGAAGGACAAGAAGCAGAUGACAGAACCCGAGCUGCAGCAGCUGCGCCUCAAGAUCAACAGCCGCGAGCGCAAGCGCAUGCACGACCUCAACAUCGCCAUGGACGGGCUGCGCGAGGUCAUGCCGUACGCGCACGGGCCGUCGGUGCGCAAGCUCUCCAAGAUCGCCACGCUGCUGCUGGCGCGCAACUACAUCCUCAUGCUCACCAACUCGCUGGAGGAGAUGAAGCGCCUGGUCAGCGAGAUCUACGGCGGACACCACGCCGGCUUCCACCCGUCGGCCUGCAGCGGCCUGGCGCACUCGGCGCCGCUGCCCGCCGCCCCCGCGCACCCCGGACACCACCCCGCGGUGCACCACCCCAUCCUGCCGCCGGCCGCCGCCGCCGCCGCCGCCGCGGCCGCCGCUGCUGCCGUGUCCAGCGCGUCCCUGCCCGGCUCGGGGCUGUCGUCCGUCGGCUCCAUCCGGCCCCCGCACGCGCUGCUCAAGUCUCCGGCCGCGGCGGCCGCGGCGGCCGCGGCGGCGGGUGGCCCGCUCGGGGGAGGCGGCGGCGGCGGCGGGAGCAGCGGCGGCUUCCAGCACUGGGGCGGCCUGCCCUGCCCCUGUAGCAUGUGCCAGGUGCCGCCGCCGCACCACCACGUGUCGGCCAUGGGCGCGAGCAGCCUGCCGCGCCUCACCUCCGACGCCAAGUGAAGUCCGAGCCGCGUCCCGGCGAGCCAAGGAGGCGCUGGCUGGAGGGUGCGCGGAUUCCAGGGGCGCAGCUGGGGCUCGGGCAAGGCCGCGCAGACUCAAGGGGAGCUGUUGGGGCCCUG